AAGGUGUGUACUUAGAGCACUUCCUCAAUGUAGAACUUCAAGCACACUAUGCUGAAGACCUGUCCUGAGGGUGCUCUAGAAAGUCUCCAGAGGCUCAUUUCAUGGGGGAAAAUCCUACCAAGAACCACUAUGCACAGCUUAACCAGGGAGAAGAGAAUGAGAUGGACAUAUUUGGCUACAAAACUCAAGGCUGCCGAAAGGCCUUGUGCAUUGCUGGAUACAUCCUGUCCUGUGGGGCUCUGAGGCUGCUGUUUUACUGGAAGCCAGAGUGGGAUGUGUGGGUAAACUGCAUCCGAUGCAGCUUGGAAGAAGCGGAUAUUGUUCUGCUUAGAACAACAGAUGAUUUUCGGAUUUACUCUCGUAAGACCGUGACGUGGAUCUCCGUGUCUGCAUUUAUCAAAAGUAGAUCAGAUUACCCARCUGAGGAAGACUCAAUCUUCAGCAAAGCCAUAAUGAAGCCAAAUUUGCAAGUGAAAACUAUCCAAGUGCAAAAAAUCCGCUAUGUCUGGAAUAUCUAUGCACAAGAGUUCCAGAAAGUUGGAAUCCUAGAAGACCACCACACUUGCUCAGCUAUACAUGACAAAUUUGGUUCUGGUCUCACCUGCAACGAACAGAAUGUCAGGAGAGUUAUAUGUGGGCCAAACACUAUUGAUGUUCCGGUGAUCCCUAUUUGGAAAUUACUCAUCAAAGAGGUCCUAAAUCCAUUUUACGUGUUCCAGCUGUUCAGUGUGUGUCUGUGGUUUUCUGAAGAUUACAUGGAGUAUGCCAGUGCCAUCAUAAUCAUGUCCCUCCUCUCAAUAUUUUUGACUGUAUAUGAUCUGAGACAGCAAUCCAUUAAACUGCACAGACUGGUUGAGUCUCAUAACAACAUCAUGGUCACUGUCUGCAGAAAUAAGGAAGGUUUCCAAGAGCUGGAAUCGCACCAUCUCGUUCCUGGAGAUAUGCUGGUUUUGAAAGAGGGCAAAACCCUUUUGCCUUGUGAUGCCAUCCUGGUCAGYGGGCAGUGCACUGUAAAUGAAAGCAUGCUGACAGGGGAAAGUAUUCCAGURACAAAGACCCACUUACCCCAAGCUGAUAACCUCAAGCCCUGGAGAGUGUACUGUGCAGAGGACUACAAGAAACAUGUUCUCUUCUGUGGAACAGAGGUCAUCCAGACCAAGGCAGAUGACAGAGGAGUAGUGAAAGCUGUGGUGCUGCGGACUGGUUUCAAUACAGCCAAGGGGGAUCUGGUGAGGUCCAUUCUCUACCCUAAACCCAUGAACUUCAAGCUGUACAGAGAUGCCCUCCGGUUCCUGAUGUGCCUCAUAGCAUUUGCAGCCAUUGGAAUGAUYUACACWGUGUGUGUAUUUGCACUUAAUGGGGAGGARACAGGAGAAGUGGUGAAAAAGGCUUUGGAUGUUAUCACAAUUGCUGUCCCGCCAGCUCUGCCAGCUGCCUUGACAACAGGAAUCAUUUACACCCAGCAGAGGCUGAAGAAAAAGGGCAUCUUUUGCAUCAGCCCACAGAGGAUCAACAUGUGUGGACAGCUGAACCUUGUCUGCUUUGAYAAAACUGGCACCUUAACAGAAGAUGGCCUGGAUCUUUGGGGCUUGCUGCCCUGUGAAAGAAACUGCUUUCAGGAUGUUCACAGUUUCUCUGCAGACCACAGCCUGCCUUGGGGCCCAGUGUUCAAAGCAAUGGCAGUUUGUCAUUCAUUAAUUGUUUGGGAGGGCAAGAUCCAAGGAGACCCACUGGAUGUGAAAAUGUUCGAGGCCACUAACUGGGCAAUAGAUGAUUCCAGUGGACACCAGACUGAAGGUCAAGGAUCCACACAUGCCACAGUUGUGAGACCUGGACCUAAAGCCACCACUGCCCYAGUGGAAGGAAUUACCAUUUUACAUCAGUUUCCAUUUUCCUCARCCUUGCAAAGAAUGUCUGUMAUUGCUCAGGAAAUUGGUGGGGAUCCACAGGUCUUCACAAAAGGGGCUCCAGAAAUAGUAGCCAUGCUGUGUAGAGCAGAAACAGUCCCACUGAACUUUGAAAGCAAGCUCCUGCUCUACACAGCCCAGGGCUUUAGGGUCAUUGGACUGGCCUGUAAAUGUCUCCAGGCAGGGAAGCCUCCUGCAGCUCUGACAAGGGAGGAGGUAGAAUCUGAUCUGACAUUCCUSGGUCUGCUGAUAAUGGAGAAUCGAUUAAAGAGAGAGACAAAGCCUGUCCUGGAAGAGCUCAGUGCUGCCUGCAUCAGGAGUGUUAUGGUCACAGGGGACAACAUUCAGACAGCCAUAACAGUUGCCAAAAAUGCUGGCAUGAUUGCUCCAACACACAGUGUGAUUCUUGUGGAAGCAARCAAAGUGCCUGGAUCUUUCUCAGCAUCUAUAACCUGGCAAUCCCUAGAAGAAAACAAGACUGAAGAUAACAGAAACCUGGAGGAUGAGAGUCAGACUGACCCAGGAAUCAGGCUGGCACUGGAAUCAGGCCAGUACCAUUUUGCCAUGAGUGGAAAAUCUUACCAAAUUGUAGCACAGCAUUUCAGGCCCUUACUUCCAAAGCUCUUGCUGAAUGGAACAGUUUUUGCUAGAAUGUCUCCUAGUCAGAAAUCCAGCCUUGUAGAAGAGUUUCAAAAGCUGGAUUAUUUUGUGGGCAUGUGUGGAGAUGGAGCCAAUGACUGUGGGGCUUUGAAAGUGGCGCACGCAGGGAUAUCRCUGUCGGAGCAGGAGGCAUCUGUGGCUUCACCCUUCACAUCCCGAACCCCCAGCAUAGCCUGUGUGCCAGAGCUGAUCAGGGAGGGCCGUGCUGCUCUUGUCACUUCCUUCUGCAUGUUCAAGUACAUGGCRCUGUACAGCACAAUUCAGUACCUUGGUGUUCUCCUGCUUUACUGGCAACUAAACUCCUUUGGGAAUUACCAAUUUUUGUUCCAAGACCUGGCUAUUACCACUGUAAUUGGUGUGACAAUGAGUUUCACAGGUGCCUAUCCAAAGCUGGUCCCCUACAGACCACCAAGCCAGCUCAUCUCACCCCCACUGCUGCUCUCUGUUGUACUCAACAUCCUCUUCAGCCUCRGCAUGCAGAUCUUCGGGUUUGUGGUGGUCCAGCAGCAGCCCUGGUAUUCCAAGACUGAUAUCCACAGUGCCUGCCUCUCAGUGAACCAUGAGGGGAAYUCAUCCUCCAGCCUGGGGCUCCAUGGAGUGGGUGAUGGAGCCCAGGAGCAAGCAGACAAUGGCUUCAAGAGCUAUGAAAACACCACAGUKUGGCUGCUGAGCACCAUCAAUUGCCUCAUUGUAGCACUGGUGUUUUCCAAGGGAAAGCCUUUCAGGCGACCCAUCUACACAAACUAUGUGUUCAUACUGGUGCUCAUGGGRCAGCUGGGCGUCUGCCUCUUCUUGAUGUUUGCUGACAUUGAUGAUCUCUACUCCAAGAUGGAUCUGGUUUGCACCCCUACCACGUGGCGAAUCUCCAUGGUAAUAAUGCUUGCAGUCACACUGGCUGUGUCCUUCCUUGUCGAGGAGGCUGUCAUUGAGAACAGGGCCCUUUGGCUGCUUCUGAAAAAGACCUUCCAGUACCACUCCAAGAGCCACUACAAGAGGCUGCAGCGUGUGUUAGAGCAGGACUCAGCCUGGCCACCUCUGAAUGAAACCUUCUUCUCAGACUCUGUGGCAGUAACAGUAGAGGGAAAUAUGGGAGGCCAUAGCAAUCCAACGUUUGAGAGUGGGGAGGACUCACUCUGAAGGAGACUGCAGUGGAUGCACGCUCAGGAGAGUUGCAUUUGGCUGUGAAAGGACUCAGUGACUUCAAAAAGAGGGAGGACUGUCUCACCACUGCUCCCCCAUUCUAGGACUAACCAGCUCCUGCUUCCCUCUAAAUUAACUGGAAGCACAAAAGCUGCUGCAGUAACCUAAAGCUACGGUGAUGUUUCCUCUGCCCCUUUUCCCACACACAAAUGGCUGCCAGCUGUAAAUUGAACACCUUGCUGAAUAUUGGUAAAGUAUUUGUGGUUGGAACACCCCAUUGCUGCAUCCCUCUGUKGAACUGCAUGAUGCAAUCCCUGUGGGUGGGAGAUCUUCCAGAAGAAAAGCAGCUAAUUGGAAUAGUAGAACUCCGCUUUGGGAAAACAGGAAGAACUUACUCCUGAUAGAGGYUACUGAGCAUAAACAUUCCUGGUUUCUCACGGGGUUUCAGAUACUGCUACUCGUUGUCCUGCUUUUGUUGGAGGUUUUAACUCWUCUGGCAAUACUUGGCUUCCAGAGCUGGAAGGAGCUGCAAACAGCCAAAGCUUUCUAGAAGUGUCUGCUCCCAGCACCAUUGUGCUCUUCCCAUGAUGGGAACAAAGAGAGCUCUCCUGUUAGCUCACUGCUACCAGGCAACCUGUCUGCCCUCUUAGUUUUUAGCAAGUGAUACUUGCAUUUUAUGGGUGAAAAAUUUUUGGCCUGAAAAGCAGAGUGAUUUAAUUAUUAACAUUUUUUUUUUUUUUUUGUCAGGAGGUAUUUGUUCAGGAUAUUCAGUUUGAAAAAGUAGAAAGGAACAUGUACUAAUUGCAAACUGAUCUCAUCCUGUAGGUCAUCAAGGACACACUGUCCCUUGUGGUGUGAGCUUGUUCCACUAGGGCAGGUGCUGCACAGCGGGACUGCCUCCUGGCAUCAGCUUUACCAGCACCAAAAGAAGCAAACAUUGAAGGGGUUAUUAACCUCAAGGACCUAAGGCCGGAAAUAAAAGAUGCAAAGCCAACUAAGUUUCAAAAUAGUUUUUUAAAAUUCUGUGGCAUGCUCUUAAGUUGAACCAUCUGAGGUUCUGUCUCUGGUUUCUCCAUAAGUGCAGGUGCAAUUCAUUCAUCGGCUCAUAUCCCUMAUCUGUUAACCUUUGAUGGUGACUUUUACUCAUUUUGCUGUGCUGUGUUUAUCACACGUAAAUGCAAUAACACUGUGCAUUCUGCCAGUGUUACCUUCUCAAAAAAAUGCAGCUUCUACCUGCACAUUCUCUCUUAGCCCACUGAUAUUAAUCUGUGUUCCUCCUAAACUGCAUUUUGCAAUCUUGGUUCCCAGCUGGGUAAAACAAGACAGUCAAUCAGAAGGGCUUUGGACCAAGAGGAACACUUCCUUCUUUGGAUAAGGUGUGCAGGGAAGCUGUGCCUUCUGAGUUGACUGCACAGUUUGUUUUCCACAGCUGGAGCUUGCCCAUGCUUUUUCUGGGUGGGGCCGAGAAGCACUUUGUUACUGCAGACUGUAUUUUCCCACUGCUGUGUGCUAAAGCACUCUUGUGCUGCCACAGGAAGCCCAGAGUCAGGCAACUGCAAUCACAGGCAAGACUUUCUUGGUUUUUAGACUUAAAAAGUAGCUUUGGAAACAGAGAAAAUCAGAAGACAAUAUCAUUUGUUUUGAGUCAACACAUCUGCACCGAAUGGUUUGAAAAUAUUCUAGCUUGAAACUAAAAAUAACUAAGAAAAUAAAUAACUAACUAAUAGCUAAGAAGAAAAAGAAACCAACAAACUAACCCAAAUCUAUAAUAUUUCAACUUGAACAAAACAUUUAUUUGACCCAAAGCACUUUUUAAAUCUGUUUUUGACAAGUUUGACAUAAGCAAAUGGAGUAAAUACCUUCCUCCCUUACAGUAGUUUGCAUAAGGGUAGAUGCCUGUCAUAAAGCCACACAAAUUGACACAAACCAGAAAUGUUUCAUAUUUAUUCUUAAAAGUGUCUCAAAAGUUUUCAUGAGUUCCAGGUUCAUAGCAAGAUCCACUGGAAAGGAAAGGCUAGAUGCUCCGUGCAUUCCUUGCAGCUUGAGGUACCAAAGAGCAGGUURGUGGAGUUACUCCUGACAUCCUGUCUUUUAGAUACAUUUUUCUUGAAGACAAAAUUCACUGUCCUAUUUAUGAACUCCCUCACAAAACAAAUAUGUUGCUGCAUGUGAUACAGUGACAGCUGCAGUAGCAAUGAAGACCAGGCAUGUGAUUUAUAUUUAGAUACYACUGACACUAUAAAAGUAUCAAGUCUUGGCACACCUGUGGUAAUGGCUGGGUUGGUGUUCUAAAGACCUGCUUGCCUGCUACUGGAACACAGCCUUACCUGCAAGAGAGCAGAAUUCACGUGUUAGGUAAUGUUUAACCCCUGCCACUUUAACUACUCUAACCACUCUGAUCACCUCUACCCCUUGAACCUCCUGCUCCUUUUCAAAGGGGUCAGAAAGCCAGGCUAGCACUUGGUGGGACAGUUAUGAGGAUUUCACCUGGGUGCUUUUGAAUGGGGUGACUGAUACUUCACAGACAUAAUCUGUGGGGGAAAGCUGGUGAACCUCUUUUUUGGCUAUUAGUACACAUUCCUGGCAGAAAGUUGCAGGGAAAAAUAGGAAGCUAAGAAGAUGCUGCAUACUUGUAACAGCAAAAUAUUUCCCUUGUGAUGACUCUGUCCCUUCCUGGAGAGCAGUGCUGUCAGUGACUGAUAUCAUCCUCCUCCUCUGCUGCUGGUCCUCAUUUCUCGCACACCUUUUCCUGUGACAUCUUGCCUCCUGACUGAGCAGUGAUGCAGACCUGGAGUGCUUGUGCUUUUUGCAUGUGCUGGGACUUGCAUCUGCUGCCAAAUCAUAACUGUCCUUUCAUGGAGGCUCUUGAUGAUGAUUUUGAGUGGAAUUUUAUUGGUGCCACUAAGGAACCCUCAUUCCUCUUUAACAGCCUUGGUUUAGUAGUUCUCUACAGAGAAAUGCUGCUGCUGCUGGGCUUGCUUGUGGCCUCAACAGCAGUGUGAAGCACAAGUGGAUUUUCAAAUGGAUGGAAAUGUUUGCAAAAUUGCUAUUUUUAAUUGCUUUAUUCACCUCGGAACCGCCUUUUUUCCUGUGACACAAACACAAGAUGGGGUUUUGCUCCUGCGUAAAUAAGGACACUCUGUGGGACUGAUCUUCCUCCACAGAGGACAAAACACACAUAUCUGAUGGAUAAGAGGACAAACAGUCAUGGAUGGUUACUUCCUGAAUUUACAUGUAGAAAUGCUGGGUAGGCAUUUCUGCCAAAAUGUAAGCAGGAAGUCUGCAUACAAAACAUUGUCAUGUCAUCUGUGUUCAUGAGUGUCCUUAAAAUGGGAGAAACCUAUAAAUGCUGGGAGUCUAACUAAUAUGUGCUUGGAUUUUUAGCAGAGUAUGCUUGAAACCCUGCAAAACACAUGAAAUGCUGCAGGGCUGCUGAAAUUGUUGGAUUUGAUGCUACCAACCUUUCAGUGCCCUCUGGAGAGGGAUUUUGAAGAGAACUCCAAUGUGUCACUCUGAAAAGUUCAUUGAAUUUGAACUUUGCACUUCCAUCCAAGACUGAAACUUCAUGUUUGAAAUAUUAAUGGUAGUGCCUGGAGGCAGCCUGGUCCUCAUAAGCUUGUGGUAUUCCAGUCCAGAUACAGCUUCAGUGUCCAAAGGCUGGCACCCUGAUCUGGUGUCUCUUUGGCCCAGUGAAUGUUGAAGAAUGUAUUCAAUUUUUAAUGAGGGACCAAAUCUAUCAGGUGAAUAAUUCAUUUCAAUUCCAGUCUUUAAGCAGGAAGCAYUUUCACAGGCUAUUUUAGUUCCACUAGCUCUACGGAAUAGUCUGUCACUCCUUCAGAGAAGCCAAGUGCUGGGUAAAUCUCCAAAAGUCUUCAUCUAAAUCUUUUGCUCUUAGUUAGGUGCCGCAAUAACCAAAAUCAUGCUCUCAGAUACCCGUGGGGCUUGUGGCCAGUUGUAACAUAACACAUAAUAGUGAGCAGUGACUGUUGUUAUAAGGCUGACACAAUGUGGAGCAGAUGGAAGUAUGGAAGUACGAGGAAAUUAAGCUGUCAUUUUAGCACAAGUCUAAGGCUGAUUACUGCUGACCUCCCAGAUCAUUAGGUUCUAUUUUUUUCCAAAUAAAUAUAAUAUUCACAGUGACUUUUUAAAUUCACAAAAUAUUGAAGACUUUUAUGCUGUUUCAGUCUUCUCCCUCCCCCAUAUUUGGGUACUGUUUUGUGAGUUGCAAUUGCAUAACAUCAGAAAUGUUAUGGUCACCUCAGUUAGACCCCUGUGCUGGGAAAUCACAUGACUUACAGUUCUCAAGUCUGACUUUUGGCUUCCAGCACAGUUGCUGCCAAAGUGGAAAUUAAGCAUUAACUUUUCUGUUUACAGAUGUGUAAGCUGAUAAACUUCUCCCUGGUAGCCAGGAGGGCGAUCCUGUCCUGGGGGGCAUCAGGCACAGCAUGGCCAGCCGGGCAAGGGAGGGGAUUGUCCCGCUCUGCUCUGCCCUGGGGCAGCCUCACCUCCACUGCUGGGGGCAGUUUGGGCACCACAAUGUAAGGAAGACAUGAAACUAUUGGAGGGUGUCCAGAGGAGGGGAAGGAAUGUUGAGCAGCCUUGAGGGGAAGCUGUGAGGAGCCUCGAGGAAGCCUUGAGCUGAGGAGCAGCUGAGGGCCAAAUGCUUUUGAGAAUUUGGAAAACGUAUGUUCAGGCUGAAGACAUGCAAGGCUGGGCUGGAUGAAGACACUGUAAUUUUGUCACAGAAGUUAUUUAUCAGAGUCCUCCCRUUUCAUAUCAGAGUCCUCCCCUCUAAGAAGCUGCUGGCUGACAAGGUGUGUCUGCGAGACCACAACACAGCCCAUUACCAUUUAGUCUGGUCUGUUAAGGAGAGCUUUGAAUAGAUAUGUUUAUCUUUGAUCACCACUAGCAUCCCCUGUUACUAGCACAGUCACAGUGAAAUGAGUCUGGAAGAAAGCAGCUCUAUAAAAAAGCACAAUGAAUCCAGGACCUGUUGUCCCUCUGGGCCAUCAAAUCUUCUUCUGUUUCCAGCACAUUAUACCUUGUUCUCACUCUGAUCAUAAUUGGCUUAUUAAUUAAUUAAUACUUGAGAGACACUGUGAAGCUGCCAAACAUCACAUAAAACCAGCAAACAUUUAUAUCUUAUUAAAUAUACAAUAGCAUAUUUUGUAAGUGGAAUUAAAUUCCUUUACUGUCACUGCCUGUUUUCAGCUUAGCUGACAGCUAGUCUUACAAUGCGUUUAAAAAGUGAACAUUUAAGAAAGAGUAAUUAUGCAAAUAGGCUAAUGAGAUCCAUGCAUACAGCAAUAGUUCCUCCUCAUGUUCUUGGCAAAUCCCCAGCACAUUCCCAGCCAGGCCCACAUUGGACACAUUGGCAAAAGAAUCUUUACAUUGUAAUACCUUACAGAGGACAUUUUUAAUUACAUGAAUUUAUUCUGACACAUGKAUCCAGUUUUGUUCUGCUGCCUAUGUGAGACACUGCCUGCAAGGGUACCUUGGUGGAGAUCACUCUGGCAGUGCUCGAGCUGCCUGCCUUUUGGUGGGCUGUGAGCCUGAUCAGCAUCCUCACUGGAGCCUCCCUGGAGCACUGGAGGAGGGCCAAGAAGAGAUUGUACUACGUGYCUGCAGUUUGGUCCCACUGGAGGAGUCUUUUAUUGGUUGACACUUAUUAAUUUMAUCUCAUUAAUUUGCAUCAGAUAGUAAUUUCCUCUCUGCUUUCUUAAGAAGUAUUUGGAAUAUGAUUAUUCUCCUCUUGCAAUGAAUUUCUUCUUUCAUUCAUUAUGGCAUAAUUAUYUCUGUGGUGUUGAAGUUUCUGCUGYRCUAAUAACUACUAAUGAUCCUAGAACUUGAUAUGGGGUGUAUGAUUUGUCCGGGCCACUAGAAAAGAUGAACAUUUUGAGUUUGGUAUCACAUGUACUGAAGUGCUGAAGUCAGUUAAUGCAUUUUGCGAUAUGAAUUAAACAGUACAGUUCUGAAUAUAAUUGACUUUAAUGUUUACAUAUUGUUAUUCCUUCAGGAUUUCAAUGGUCUUUAGGCUUGCAAUUGAGAUGUAGCCUGCCAGGGUC